CACGCAGCGGCGUCAGUUCAGAGUCGCACAAUUAUGAAAAGGCAACCUUCCGCUGGAGCUGCAGCUAGGGCAGAUUUCACCAGCGACAACUGGACUUUCCUUCCAAGGCUAACAGAAAAGAACACCGCCGAUAGAUGGAUAACGACAUCGGAGAAGCUCUUCCUGAGUCUCAACGGUGAAAAGAAUGUCCCAGAAAUCCUGGAUAGAAAGCACUUUCACCAAGAGGGAAUGUGUCCACAUACUUCCAGUGUCGAAAGACCCCCACAGAUGCCUUCCAGGAUGUCAGAUCUGCCAGCAGUUGGUGAGAUGCUGCUGUGGUCGGCUGGUACGGCAGCAUGCUGGGUUUACAGCCAGCCUGGCCAUGAAGUACUCAGACGUGAACUUGGGUGGGGGGGCAGAGGGUGGGGUGCAGCCGGAGUUGGAGGAGUGGGCUGUGGACAAACACACACAGGAGAGCCCUACAGACUCUUACGGCAUCGUUAACUUCCAGGGAGGGUCGCACUCUUACAGAGCCAAGUAUGUGCGUCUGUCCCAUGACAGCAGGCCAGAGAGCAUCCUGAGGCUGAUGCUGAAUGAGUGGCAGAUGGAGCUUCCUAAGAUCCUCAUCUCUGUCCACGGAGGCAUCCAGAACUUUGAUCUGCACCCCCGAAUCAAACAGGUGGUGGGGAAGGGCCUGAUCAAAGCUGCUGUCACCACCGGGGCAUGGAUCCUGACAGGAGGGGUUAACACAGGUGUUGCCAAACAUGUGGGUGAUGCGUUGAAGGAACACUGUUCUAGAUCGUCAAGGAAGAUCUGUACAAUUGGAGUCGCUCCCUGGGGCGUCAUUGAGAACCGCAAUGACCUCAUCGGGAGAGACGUUGUAGCCUCCUACCAGACGUUGCUGAACCCCCUGUCCAAGCUCAACGUGUUGAACAACCUCCACUCCCACUUCCUGCUGGUGGAUGAUGGGACGGUGGGGAAGUACGGAGCUGAGGUCCAACUACGCCGCGAGCUGGAAAAACACAUCAAACUGCAAAGGAUACACGCACGAAUUGGUCAGGGUGUUCCUGUGGUAGCGUUGAUAUUUGAGGGUGGUCCCAAUGUAAUUCUGACAGUGUUGGAGUACCUUCAGGAGACUCCCCCUGUUCCUGUGGUGGUCUGUGAAGGGACUGGGCGUGCUGCUGACAUACUGGCCUACGUCCACAAACAGACUGAGGAGGGGGGGGGUCUACCUGAUGGUGUGGAGACAGAAAUCAUCGCUACGAUCAAAAAGACGUUCAACUUCAGCCACAGCGAUGCUAUGCACCUCUUCCAGACCCUUAUGGAAUGUAUGAAGAGCAAAGAACUGAUCACUGUGUUUCAUAUCGGCUCUGAGGACCACCAGGAUAUCGAUGUGGCCAUACUGAGGGCAUUACUGAAAGGCACCAAUGAGUCUGCGUUUGACCAGCUGGUUCUGACUCUGGCCUGGGACCGGGUGGACAUCGCCAAGAACCAUGUGUUUGUCUACGGACAGCAGCUACUGGUGGGUUCGUUGGAGCAGGCCAUGCUGGAUGCCUUAGUGAUGGACCGUGUGGAGUUUGUGAAGCUCCUGAUUGAGAAUGGAGUUAGCAUGCACAGGUUCCUCACCAUCACACGGCUGGAGGAGCUAUACAACACGAAACAGUCCCCUACCAAUCCCACGCUCUUCAACCUCGUAAGGGAUGUCAAACAGGGUAAUCUCCCCCCUAACUACAAGAUGACCUUAAUUGACAUUGGCCUGGUGAUAGAGUACCUGAUGGGCGGGACUUACAGGUGCAACUACACCAGGAAACGCUUCAGGAUCAUCUACAACAAUCUCCAUGGCAACAGCAGGAGGUCAGGUCGCCACUCUGCAGGGCCUGGGUCCCACCUGAGGAAGAGCCAAGAGUCGUUCAGUAUCCAGGCCGACAAGAAGGAGAAGACCAGGCACAACCACUUCAUUAAGACUGCACAGCCAUACAAACCCAAGUUGGAGUCGGCGACAGACCAGUCCAAGAAAAAAGCCAAGGAGGAGAUAGUUGACAUGGAUGACCCGGAGACACGCAGGUUCCCGUACCCGUUCAAUGAGCUGCUGAUGUGGGCCGUCCUGAUGAAUAGGCAGAAGAUGUCUCUGUUCUUCUGGCAGCAUGGGGAGGAAAGCAUGGCCAAGGCCCUGGUGGCCUGUAAACUCUGUCGCUCCAUGGGCUAUGAGGCCAAGAAGAGUGACGUGGUCGACGACACCUCCCAGGAACUCAAGGACUACUCCAAUGAAUUUGGCACCCUAGCAGUGGACCUCCUGGAGCAGUCAUUCAGACAGGAUGAAACCAUGGCGAUGAAACUGCUGACCUACGAACUGAAGAACUGGAGUAACAGCACCUGUCUGAAGCUGGCCGUGUCGUCGAGGUUACGACCCUUCGUGGCUCACACCUGUACCCAGCUGCUGCUGUCAGACAUGUGGAUGGGACGACUCAAUAUGAGGAAGAACUCCUGGUACAAGGUGAUCCUCAGUAUCCUGGUGCCUCCUGCAAUCCUCCUGUUGGAGUACAAGACAAAGGCAGAGAUGUCCCACAUCCCUCAGAGUCAGGACGCCCAUCAGAUGACCAUGGAGGACAGCGAACACAACUUCCAUAACACCACCGACAACAUACAGAUGGAUGUGUUCCAGGAGGCGAAGGCGGAUGACAACGUGGAGGUGAAGGAUGAGGCAGAGACACAGGUCCGCUCCCGAAGACUUCCUCUAACCAGGAAGUUCUACGCCUUCUACCACGCCCCCAUCGUCAAAUUCUGGUUCAACACGCUGGCGUACCUGGGUUUUCUGAUGCUUUACUCGUUUGUCGUUCUGGUCCGGAUGCCCGAGUUUCCGUCUCCUCAAGAGUGGGUGGUCAUCCUCUACAUAUUUACCUCCGCCAUCGAGAAGAUACGAGAGAUGUUUAUGUCUGAAGCUGGGAAGAUUAGCCAGAAGGUUAAAGUCUGGUUCAGUGACUAUUUUAACCUCUCAGACUUCCUGGCUAUUGUCACCUUCUUUGUGGGCUUUGGAUUGAGGAUCGGAGGAGAGGAUGUGCUUGUCCCAGGCCGGACUGUGUAUUGCUUGAAUAUCAUCUUCUGGUACGUGAGACUCCUAGAUAUUCUGGCAGUCAACCAGCAAGCAGGACCGUAUGUGAUGAUGAUCGGUAAAAUGGUGGCCAAUAUGUUUUAUAUUGUGGUGAUCAUGGCGGUGGUGUUGUUGAGUUAUGGCGUGCCGCGGAAAGCCAUCCUGUACCCAAAUGAGGAGCCCAGUUGGACGCUGCUCAAAGAUGUGGUCUUCCAGCCGUACUGGAUGAUGUACGGGGAAGUGUAUGCGUAUGAAAUUGACGUGUGUGCCAAUAAUACUGAUACGAAUGUGAAAUCCCUGUGCUCCACUUCAGUGUGGAUCACUCCUUUCCUACAAGCAGUCUACCUCUUUGUCCAAUACAUAUUGAUAGUUAACCUUCUCAUCGCCUUCUUCAAUAAUGUGUACCUCCAAGUGAUGUCAAUCAGUAAUCUGGUAUGGAAGUACCAGAGGUAUCAUUUCGUCAUGGCCUACCAUGAGAAGCCAGUCCUCCCUCCUCCCCUCAUCCUCCUCUCCCACCUCGUCUCUUUCUGCUCCUGCAUCUGUCACAAGAGGAAGAAGGACAGUCACUCUUAUGGACCAAAGUUGUUUCUAACGGAGGAGGAUCAGAAGAAGCUCCAUGACUUUGAGGAGCAGUGUGUGGAGACUUACUUCCAUGAGAAAAACGACCAGUUCCACUCAGGGAGCGAUGAGCGCAUCCGCCUCACCUCAGACAGGGUUGAGACCAUGUGUAUCCAGCUGAAGGAGGUCGGUAACAGAGUGAACUUCAUCAAGCGUUCCCUCCACACGCUGGACUCUCAGAUCGGCCACCUUCAGGACCUGUCAGCUCUGACCGUGGACACUCUGAAGACCCUGACCGCCCAGAGGGCCUCUGAAGCCAGCAAGGUCCAUAACCAGAUCACCAGGGAGCUCAGUCUGUCCAAAAACUUUGCCCCCAGCCUGGCCCCCACCCCCCAGGACCCUACCCCCCAAUCCAAGGGGGUCAAACGUAGCGUGGGCGCCUACUUUGGUUCCUCCUUCCCCCAGGUGUCCGGGGUGGUGGUGGGGGGCAACAUGGCUGAUUCUCUGUUUGGGAGUGGGGUGGACCCAAACCCGCCACUGACGCUCAGUCCCCCAGAGAGGAGAGGAGACUGGGCUGGGCUGGGGCACCAAGCUACUACUGCUAUAGAGGCUGGAUCCUCCACGGGUGGCAGUGCCAGUCACAGUGCCUUCUCCCUCUGCCCAGCUCCGGCGCCCCCUACUGUCAGUCCUCCAGAGCUGCGGCUACGCGGCCAUUCCUUCACUCAGUGGCAGCUGACCCGUCCAGUGCAGGUGGGCAUCUCCGACUGCCCCUCCAGCCUGCCCAGCGUGCCCUCUGCUAGGGCUGCUUUCUACGUCAGCUCUACCCCCUCCCAGCCCUCUGUCUCCAGCCACCCAGAACUCAGCCUGGCUGGGCCAGACAAAGACAGAACCUCUGCUUCCACCUCUGUCUUUGCUGUAGAGUUUGGUGCGUUUGUUGGUCAUAAAGACAACCUGCACCUGGACCUGCAGCGCUCCUUCCCCAGAGACAUCUCCUCCAGACAGCUCAGCCCAGCCACGCAGCCCAGGGAACAGGGUCAUCCUGAAGGACAAGGUAAUAUGAGGACGGUCAACUCAUAUGCUGGCUUCACUGAGUUUGACCGGAGUCCCUCUUUCCUCCAUCCAGACUCCUCUCUCAGUAAGCGAGAGAGGAGCGGCGUGUCAGCAGAAGACAUCCUCAUCCACGAAGACCCCAGAGCUGCACUACUACUGGAGAGGGCUCAGGUCAAGACAGCUCAGGCCAGCAGUCUCAGGGCACCAGGGGAGGACUCAGGUAUUAAUGCUGCAUCAUGUCUCUACAGACACGCCCACCUGGGGAGCAGGAAGGAUUCAAUUGGUUCCCCUUUCAAGCCAAUGGAAAGCUACCAAUACUCAGCUGUGGAGCGUAACAACCUGAUGAGGCUGUCUCAGAGCAUCCCCUUCACCCCAGUGCCCCCUAGAGGUGAGCCAGUAACAGUGUAUCGUCUGGAGGAGAGUUCUCCCAACACCAUCAACAAUAGCAUGUCCUCCUGGGCUCACAAAGGUCUCUGUGCCAAGAUCGAGUUCCUCAGUAAGGAGGAGAUGGGAGGGGGGCUGCGACGUGCACUCAAGGUGCUGUGUACGUGGUCAGAGUAUGACAUUCUGAAGCCAGGUCACCUGUAUAUCGUUAAGUCCUUCCUACCAGAGGUGGUCCAGACCUGGCAGAGCAUCUACAAGGAGGACACUGUACUGCUGCUCUGUCUCAGGGAAAUUCAACAGCAGAGAGCUGCUCAGAAACUGACAUUUGCCUUCAACCAAAUGAGGCCCAAGACAAUCCCUUACUCUCCCAGGUUUCUGGAGGUGUUUCUGUUGUACUGUCACUCGGCAGGCCAAUGGUUCGCUAUAGAGGAGUGUAUUACUGGAGAGUUCAGGAAGUUUAACAAUAACAAUGGGGACGAGAUUGUCCCAACCAACCUUCUGGAGGAGACCAUGCUGGCCUUCAGCCACUGGACAUACGAGUACACCCGGGGAGAGCUGUUAGUGCUGGACCUACAAGGAGUGGGGGAGAUUCUGACUGAUCCAUCUGUCAUAAAGAGUGGAGAGAAGGGGUCAUAUGACAUGAUAUUUGGUCCUGCCAACCUGGGAGACGACGCCAUCAGAAACUUCCGGGCCAAACACCACUGCAACUCUUGCUGCAGGAAACUCAAACUUCCCGAUCUGAAGCGGAACGAGUACACGCCGGACAAACUGAUGCUGCCUCAGGAUGAAUCACACGACCCCGGAAGCGGGACCCGCCAUUCAAUGAGGCUCAUGCUCUGAUCCUAUAGGACACAGCCAGAGAGAAGAGGCCGGUGCUGUUAUUCUAUUGGCCAAUGCCAGAGAGGACAAAGGAAAAACUAGUGUGCACACCUCAUGGCUAGAAGGGAUCCAGCUUUUGUCAAAUUAGCAUCAGAUUUGACUUUUGGUAUCAGGUUAGGAGGACUUAAUGCAGCAGGUUAGGAGAAUGAUGUUAAUGUUAGGAAAAGAUUUAGGGUAAGCAAAAAAAAAAACUUUUUUUACAUUAAUUUGACAAAAGCUGGAUAAGGUGGGUCUAGCCAUGACCCAUCUCAUCCAAUCAACUGGAAGAGCCACGCCUGUGUUUCCAUGGAGACCCAUGUAUGCAUGUAGAACUGUGUUACUUUUGUAUCUGUCCAACCAAUGCCAAUCAGCAACCAACAUGAUUAUUCAAAAAAUGUGUAAAUGGGGAACAAAACUUUUUAAAGAUGUUUUUUUUACUACAAGUUUAUAUGUUAUGAGGUGUGUGUGUGUGUGUGUGUGUGUGUGUGUGUGUGUCUAUAUAAACAUAAAUGGCUAUCAACAGGUACAAUAUCAUUGCAUAAAGAGACAGUACUUAUUCUGAACAAUGAAAAGUUGCCUUGUAUAAACUAAAGUGCAUUGUCUGUCUGUAGUGCAGGACUGUAAGGGUCAACCUGCUGAGAUACAAUUUGCAACACUUUAUACAGAAUGUCACCAGAUACUUUUUUAUAAAUGUAAAAUACAUGUAUUAUUAUGGAAUUAGUGGUUCAUAUUUAAUGAGAAGACACAUGAAUUUGAAAAUCUUGUAAAAUAUGGGCAGAUUGCAAUGCAACUUUUACAGUACAUAUAUGUACAAAUUGUGUUGAACUCUUCUGAAAUGUGUCCACUGAUUAUUUCUGAUAGUUUAAGUGUUACAAUGCUGGUACUAUUAUUGUUAUUUCUUUGUCAUCACGCAAAUACCAAUCUAGUGUAUCUUAUAGAUACUUAUAUCUGCUACUGAGCAGAAGCAGAUGCUGUUUUAUUCAGGGGCGUGUAAGGGUCUAUUACUCUAUACAUGUUCUACUGUAUAACAUUUUAAACUAAUAAAAUGACAGUUAUGUCCCA